CAUUCACUCGCUUCAUUGGACAUUUGGAUUCAUUUGAAGCAGAGAAAAGUCCAGAAGCGUCUUCACUCUUCCCUCAUUCUCUCUCCCCCCUCCCCUCUCCCCUCUCCCCUCCCCCUCUCUAAUACUCCAGCGAACUGAUUCCAAGUGUUGAGUGAAUCACGCCGCUGCAUCGCAUUUCACACUUCACACCUACCUCAUUCCCUUUAUUAAUAAGCUACCCUAAUAUAUCCCUAUAUAUCCCUAAUAUAUCGAUCUUUAUUUUCCCGGGGAUAAUAUUUUACCUAUCCCCCUCCCACAACCCUCCCACACACGACCCUCUCUUUCACCAUGAAGCUAUUCAAGCGCAAGGAGAAGCCUAUCCCCCCGAUCCCAGAGCCAGGGACCAACCCUGGCGUCUGUCCUGAACUUUCAGCCUCGAUCCUCUCCCGCCUCACCUUCGCAUGGGUCCAACCCCUGAUGACCCUGGGCUCCAAGCGCCCGCUCGAGAAGGAGGACAUUUGGGAGCUCACCGAACGGCGACGCGCCGCCUACAUCGCAACACUCUUCCGUGAAUGUUGGGCUCGCGAGGUCGCCAAGGGCAGAGCCAGUGUUGAGGCUCAGAAGAAUAAAGGGGUCGAUGGUGAUGGUGAUCAGAAGGGGAUGAACAAGAAGAAGAACGAGAAGGUGUAUAAUCCCAAGCUGUGGAAGGCAUUGAACAACACCUUUUUAUGGCAAUUCUGGUCCGCUGGUAUUCUCAAGGUCUUUGGUGAUUCCUUCCAGUCAUUCCAACCCAUGGUGACCAAGGCCAUCAUCAAGUUCGUUCAAACUAGUGUAAACGAUCGUAAAAUAGGUAUCGAGGCACCUCCUCUGUGGCACGGCAUCUUGAUGGCGCUCGGUCUCUACGUCAUGGGUGUUCUCUCAACCCUGUGCCUCCACCAGUUCUGGCAACGCUCGACCAGCACCGGUGUCGGCGUCCGUACGUCGCUCAUCACUACCAUCUACCGUAAGGGUCUCGUCCUCAGCUCCAAGGCCAAGCAAGACUUCUCGACGGGCAAGAUCACGAAUUUGAUGUCGACAGACACGACGCGUCUCGAUCUCCUGGCGGGCUAUUUCCAUAUCCUCUGGACCGCACCCCUCAUGGUCAUCGUCAUCCUCAUUCUGUUGAUCGUCAAUUUGGGCCCGACUGCGCUCGUCGGAUUCGUGUUCUUGGUCAUGUUUGGUCCGAUCCAGGCCCGUAUUGUCCAAUCGCUCUCGGUGAUCCGCCGCAAGUCUACGCUCAUUACCGAUGCCCGUGUCAAGCUCACGCAGGAGGUCCUCCAGGGAAUGCGUGUGAUCAAGUUCUAUGGAUGGGAGGAGGCGUUCCUGAGCAAACUUGAGGAUCUGCGCACGAAGGAACUGAAGUACGUCCGGACGUUGUUGAUCUCUCGCUCCGGCAUUGCGGCCGUUAACUUGACCGUGCCCGUAAUUGCGGCCACGCUGACGUUUGUGGCGUACUCGUUGACGGGACACGAACUCUCGGCCGACAUCGUGUUCUCGUCCCUGUCGCUGUUCAACAUUAUGAGGAUGCCCCUGAUGAUCUUCCCACAGGUCGUCUCGGCCAUGGUCGAUGCCCUGGUAUCGAUCCGUCGUAUCGAGGAGAUGUUGUUGGCAGGGGAACUUGAGGAGCUCCCACCGAUGGACCCCGAUGCCGAGUUUGCAAUCUCUGUCACGAAUGGAGUCUUCAUGUGGGACACGACCCUCAAGGCCCUGACCAUGGAGGACCUCCAGAAGCGUGAGAAGGAGGAACGGAAGCGAAGCGCAAACAAGAAGGAGCAGAAGAAGGAGGAGAAGAAGGAGCUCAAGCAGAAGGAGCGCGCGGAGAAGAAGGCGAUCAAGAAAUUGGCCAAGGCCCGUAACAUCUCGGAACUCGAGGCAGAGAAGCUGUUCAGGGAUAGUCAGCAUGAAAAGUCGAUCUCGGAGCACUCGAGCGAGACGAUGUCGGUGCAGGAAAAGAUGUUGACGAAGCUGUCGGAGAAGGAUCCCUCGCCCGACACAGAGUCGAUCCUGUCGGUCACCCCUGAGAACAGCGAUGAUGGUCAGGAAGGAUCCGUUCAUUCGGAGGAUAAGGGCUCGUUCUCGCUGAAGAACAUUGACCUCAAGAUCCCUCGUGGUCAGCUCGUCGCGAUCGUCGGAGCUGUCGGAAGCGGAAAGUCGUCGUUGCUGAACGCGCUGGUCGGGGAGAUGAGAAAGACGGGCGGCCAGAUGGAGUACGGUGGCUCGAUCGGAUACUGUCCCCAGUCAGCCUGGAUCCAGAACGCGACCGUCAAGGACAACAUCCUCUUUGGCCUGCCCUUCGAUGAGGCCCGGUAUCUGCAGGUGCUCAAGGACUGCGCGCUCGAGCGCGAUAUUCAGAUCUUGCCCGAUGGCGACCAGACCGAGAUUGGAGAACGCGGUAUCAACCUUUCAGGAGGCCAGAAGCAGCGUGUCAACAUUGCGCGUGCAGUCUAUUUCGAUGCGGAUGUCGUCUUGCUGGACGAUCCCCUGUCGGCCGUCGAUGCUCAUGUGGGCAAGUACCUGUUCAAGAACUGUAUCAUGGGUGCGCUCCAGGGCAAGACCCGUGUGCUGGUGACCCAUCAGCUUCAUGUUCUGCCCCAGGUCGAUUAUGUAAUCUGUAUGAAGGAUGGAGAGAUUGUCGAGCGCGGAACGUUUAACGAGCUGAUGGCGAAUGCUGGAGAGUUCUCGUCGCUGAUGAAGGCCCAUGGUGGUAUCGAGGAUAUUGAACCAGACUUGGAAGAAGCCGUGGAUGAGCAGAGCGUCGACCCUGCGAUCACGGCCGGUGCUGAGAAGGCUCUGGAGGGAGGGUCUGGCGAGAAGAAGGAUGUGGGCGAGAAGGAGAAGGAUGCUAAGGACGCCAAACCAAAGGGACUGAUGUCACAGGAGGAGCGUGCGACGGGUUCGGUCUCUGGAUCGAUCUACAUGGACUAUGUUAAUGCUGCAGGCGGUAUGUACCUCCUGCCACUGCUCUUGUUCUUGCUCAUCAUCACCCAGGUCGCCAAAGUCGGAACCGAUCUUUGGCUGAGUUGGUGGACCGCGGAUCGGUUCCAUGAGAGCCACAAGUUCUACAUGGUGCUCUAUGCCGUCUGGGGCAUCGCCCAGGGUGUCUUCCAGUUCAUCAACGGUUUCUACUUCUCUCUUGGUGGUGCGCGUGCCGCCAAGGUCUUGCACCAGAAGGCUCUCAAGAACAUCUUCCGGGCUCCCUCCUCAUUCUUUGACACGACUCCUCUCGGUCGCAUCAUCAACCGAUUCUCCAAGGACGUGGAUGCGUGCGAUAACCUGCUGAGCGAAUCCUACAGAAUGUUCACAGGAACGGCCUCGAUCGUGCUCUCGACCUUUAUCCUGAUCUCGGUCAUCUUCCCGUACUUCCUUAUCCCACUGGUGCCGAUGUUGAUCUUCUACUAUUAUGCGGCGAUCUACUACCGAGCCUCGUCGCGUGAGCUCAAACGUCUGGACUCGAUCUUGCGUUCGUCGCUGUAUGCACAUUUCUCGGAGACGUUGAGCGGAUUGGCGACCAUUCGGGCGUACCGUGUUCAGGAUCGAUUUAUGGAGAAUAACGAGUACUUCAUUGAUAUGGAGAACCGACCGUACUUUAUGAGUUACUCGAUCCAGCGAUGGUUGGGCGUUCGUUUAGAGACGAUUGCGAAUACGUUGGUGCUCUGUACGUCGCUGCUGGGAGUUUGUGGACGGUAUAACAUCGACGCUGCGACGAUCGGUCUUGUGCUGAGUUACUCGAUGAGCGUUACUGGAACCUUCAACUGGUGUGUCCGUCAGUAUGCUGAAGUCGAAAACAACAUGAACGCGGUUGAACGUUUGCACCAUUACGCUGACAAGCUCCAGGUGGAGGCGGCCGCGAUCGUUCCCGACAACCGUCCAGACGAAUCGUGGCCUCGCACAGGAGCGAUCUCGAUCCGCAAUUUGGAGAUGCGCUACCGUCCCGAGCUGCCCUCGGUCCUGCAUGAUCUCUCGCUCGACAUUCAGGGCGGGGAGAAGAUCGGAGUCGUCGGACGCACAGGUGCCGGCAAAUCCUCCAUUAUGAUGGCGCUCUUCCGUCUGGUCGAGCCCACGAAGGGCACGAUGGUGAUUGAUGGAGUUGAUAUCUGCAAGAUCGGACUCUUUGACCUGCGCACACGGUUGGCGAUCAUCCCUCAGGACCCCGUCUUGUUUAGCGGUACCAUUCGCUCAAACCUCGAUCCAUUCGAGAAGCGAACGGAUCAAGAACUCUGGGAGGUUCUGGAGAGAUCGGAUCUGAAGAACUACGUGAUCUCGUGCGACGGAGGAUUGGAUUCACAAGUGAGCGAGUUUGGCGAGAACCUGAGUGUGGGCCAGCGACAGCUGUUGUGUCUUGCAAGGGCGAUGUUGACACACGCUCGGGUGAUCAUCAUGGACGAGGCGACGGCGUCGGUCGAUGUGGCGACGGAUGUGAUGCUCCAGAAGGCCAUCCGGGUGGACUUUGCGAAUUCGACGGUGCUGACGAUUGCGCAUCGGUUGAACACGGUGAUCGAUUACUCGCGUGUGCUCGUGUUGGACCAUGGAGAGAUCAAGGAGUUUGAUACGCCUGCGAACCUGUUGAGCAGACCGGACUCGGUGUUCUCGAGCAUGGUCGACGAGACCGGACCGGCGAACGCGACGCUGUUGAGGAGUCUGGCGAGUGCGGCAGCAGCGGGGAAUACGAUUAAUGUAGAGGAGGUGCUGCUGACGCCCAGUGCGGGUGUCGUAGGCGACAAGGAGGAGUUCUUGGACGAGAAGGCCGAGAUUGAGGAGCAGGGCUACAGGGUGUAGAGGACACCCCCGUUUACUACUUAACUACUUAGUUAAUAGCAUCGUCUUUACUAUCUAUAUUCGCAUAAUAAUAUCACCUUUAAUUAUCACUACCAUCGAAUCAUCAAUCAACAUCGCUGCGAAUACAACCAGGAAGACGAGGUGACAAAGCGGGUUUGUUGUGCAGCAUGAAAAGGGCUGCAUUGCAUGAUCGCCAAAAAAAA